AUGGAGAUCAUAUCCCCCCUUAUGUAUUAUACAUGGAGAUCAUAUCCCCCCUUAUGUAUUAUACAUGGAGAUCAUAUCCCCCCUUAUGUAUUCUAUAUGGGGAUCAUAUCCCCCCUUAUGUAUUAUACAUGGAGAUCAUAUCCCCCUUAUGUCACCUUAUAAGGAUAGACGUCCAGUCCAGGGGCGGACUGACCAUUUGGAAACCGGGCCCUGCCCGAGGGCCCGGGGUCUGUAAGGGGCCCCAUGAGAUGCCCUGGUACCUUUUUCAUAGGCUUUUUUGAGUUUUGGCAAGGACACAGGGGCCCCAUGAUCCCCUAUUGCCCGGGGGCCCCAUGA